AUGGUAUCGAUGACAGAGGAAGGGGAGGUAUUGAGUCUUUUACUCAACUCUAUUGGCCUCGGCGUCUUUGUCCCAGCCCUUCGCCAAUUUCCCGGUUAUUUCACGUCGCUUGGUUUCAGUCCCGUUGUCACAGUUACUUUACUCCUCGCUCCUUGGAUCGCCUAUAAGGCAGUGUGCUUUAUGUGCGGCUACCUGAUGAUCGCCGUUGAGAUUUCUCCUGGCGAUCUUGUGCGUGCUGCUGAGUACCUAUCAACUGAAAAUGCAUCCUGGAGCAGGGAGACUAUUGCGAUGCUCAAUAGAAUAUCGCGUAAUGAGCUUCAAACUGGAAAUUCAAAAUCUGGCAAAUACAUCGCUUUCACGUGGUCGUCAAUGAGAAAAAUAGUAUUCUACCCUCUAUCGUCAUCGUGGUUCUGGAAAGACGGUAAAAUAUUCCGAAUUCAAGGGCGUAGGGUUACCGAAUAUUAUAAUGCUGCACAAAGCAAUCGUAUAGAGUACACCUUGUCUUGUUUUGGGAACUCAGCAGAACCCAUCAGGAAGGUUCUCCAAACUUCAAUGGAUAUAGUUUUCAAACAUGAGAGGGAUAAGACCAGUGUGUGGCACCCUAGGUAUCAGUCCCCAUCGCCAGAGUGGACUAGACUUGCCCUUCGCGCAUCUCGACCGGCAGAAACGCUCGCGAUAGAUUCUAAAAUACUAAGCAACACACUUGAUGAUAUCAACGAGUACCUCCGAGCCGACGCCAUGGAGCACUACCACACGAAAGGAAUCCCCUACAGACGAGGAUAUCUAUUUCACGGGCCUCAAGGAACGGGAAAGACGAGUCUUGUUCACGUUAUAGCAAGCGUGUUUGAGCUUCCAAUUUUCUGCCUUAGGCUGUGUGAUAAGGCAUUGACUGACGAAUCUCUUGUUUCCUUGACUACAAAUAUGCCCCAGCGAGGGAUUUUGCUGAUCGAGGACAUUGAUUCUGCAGGCCUAGUCCGGAACCCAACGGGUUCCGAGCAUGGGAUUACGCUGAGUGGAUAUCUUAACGCCACGGACGGGUUCGCUGCCCCAGAGGGUCAUAUAUUAAUCAUAUCAACCAAUCGUAGGGAUUUGCUUGAUGGAGCGAUUAUCCGACCUGGCCGUGUUGAUUACGAAGUGCAUUUGACGAACGCCUCCAGAUCUCAGGCACAACAGCUGUUCAAAACCCACUAUGGACUAACUGGCCUUGGAGAUCUAGAUUCGAUGGCAGUAGAGUUUGCAGGCAAUUUCCCAGAGUUUCAUAUUUCCCCGGCCGAAAUUCAGCAGUACUUACUCAAGGCAAAAUAUCGGGACAGUCCUCAGGCCGCCAUCAAGGAGAUCGCGGAGUGGGUAUCAGAGCUUGAAUUACGUUCAGAAUCUCGGAGGAUAUAA